AUGCAUCGACCCGUCAACAAAGAAGACUACUUGAUUGCUCGAGGAGCUAAUCCACGGACCGGAGUGGUAACCCCAAGCUCCCACAGUGCUAGCAGUUCAAUUGAUGGCCACGGCUCUGCUCCUCAUGGUCGAUGGCGUCAAAGGGCGGAUGAGUGGGUUAGUUUUGAUUUCGAUCAGGAAACGGCUAUCCCAAGACCGCACGAAGAGAGGCCCUCAGCACCAUAUCAUCGCUUGAGACUCCCGCCGAAAUUGGUGCCGCGCGACCGCGGCUCCUCGUUAGGGGAAUUCAGCACUCCGUUUAAGCCUCUGGGACAGAAUUCACGGUCGAGCAACGGAGACACAUUUGCUUCCCACAAGCAGAUCGGGGCGAUCGAGGCGCUUCGCGAAGUCCCCAUCAAGACAACGAGUCCACACGCGCGGCACAAUCCAUCAUCUGGAGAGCCGGCCGUACGGAGAAAGCCAGUAGGAACACCACCGAAGGGCAACCCGGACCAUGUAACAUCAGCUUCGCCAGAAUUCGACGGAAGCGAUGAUCCCGUGUUACUGCCUCCAAAAUUUGAGACUGAUCUGAGAUCUUGCUCUGCUCCCAUACCUGCGCCCUUGCGCACUUUUGGCCUUUGCAAUGUCGACAAAGAUCUGCCAACCUUACCAGGCGACACGCCCCGCUCCCCAUCUCAAGAAUAUCAGGUCAUAGCAACGCAGAACCCUUUUCUAGGCCGGGAGGAAACAGAGGACGUAAGCGAGUGUCCAAAUCCAAUGAGCCAAAAAAACAAUCGCCUUGCUGUAGCCCAGAAAGAUCUACCAUGUCUGCCGCAGGGUGAUGGCCCAUCCAGGCCGAGACAAGCUUCGACACCUCUCGAGCUAGGCACUGUCAAGAACAAUUUCACCAGCCCCGAAAAUGCCAUGAGCCGACCAGCUGAAAGUCAUGGGGGUCCUCGGGGUCCGCGGGGUGGAAACUCAGCGUAUCCCUUCACACGACUCGCGAGACAAACUCACCCGCCGCCGCAGACAAGGAAGGCCAACGACCUCCUAGGUGUGAGACCGAUGCCAGUACCUACUUACGACAAUCCACCAAAGUACCAGCAGCCCAACUCGACGAGGCCCAUAUUGGCGAGAACGAAACCGGUCAGUUCAAUGCCACCAACAGUGAUGCCGACGUCGAACAGGGUCAAGGACGAUCACGAGCUCUUGUCGACUACCACUUCCACACUCACAGGCAAUACUAUCAGCCGGCCGGGUGGUCCCAGACAGCUACUUGUGGGACAAAGACCUUCGAUGCCAGAUCCUCGUACUACGACCGCUGGUCGCCCUCGAGUUCCCAGAAGGCCAGCUACACCAGAUACGCCCGGCAUUUUCAUGAACACUAGUAUGAAUAUGAGCGCCGAUUCGAUCAUGCCGAUAAUGCUUCCUAGGGUCAGACCGAGAGAUAUACCACGUCAACCAAUGCCCAUGCGAGACGAAAACAUGCACGGCAUUCCGAGGAUGAUAGCCGAGCACAAAAACCCAACCUACCCUAAAUCCAGGCUGACGCGGGGAGAAACAGAGUGGCAAGAGAGCGGAACGAGGAGUCGCUUCGAUGCAGAGCGGAGCCUAGUUCCCCCACCCCUAAGACCACGACUCCUGUCAGGCCAAGAGCAUCUGAUUGCAAAAGAUACACGCAAAGAAGGAGAAAUCGCAGUAGUGAACGGUCUUGGUUUGACGAGGAAAUGCAGUCGCUGUCACAAUGGGUUCGUGGAUGUCAAGCGUCCCGAUUUGGGUGGUGUUCAAAAGAAUAGUGAUGAAGUAAACAAUGGAUUGAGAAAGACUCAUCCAACUGGCAGUCCGCUUCCAGGGUUACCGGAGGAGUCCGAAGUUGAUGUUCGUCUUCAUGGGCAUGAACAGGACCAGGAAGGCCAUCACGAAGCCGGCCAUGAUGUCUGCUGCCCUGACUGCUGUAAAGAGGAAGAUGUACAUGGUAGUUGCCUUGGACAUUCUAGCCCGAGCACCGUGUCAAGCCCAAACAAGAGCAUCUGGUCUCAAUCCCAUAGCCCAAGCAGUGCUGGUGAGAGCGACGAAUGGGGUGAUGUCGAGAACCACAAGCAUGAAGGGCCGCCGCCUGAUAUCCUUCUCACCAAGGAGAGCCCGCCAUGUCUAGAGCGCUCAAAGGUUCGACCUACAAGAGGGUCUCCCAUUGAGCUUUCAGCUCACCCAAGAACGCCUGCGACUCCCUUCAAGAAUGCUGCAGAGCCUAGGGCUGUAGGACAGUCUAAGCAGAAGUCAGCCGUACCAGGCUUGCACAAGAGGCAAAGAAGCCGGAGCUCCCCAGUUAUCGGAUCAGCUAGUCCAAUCCCGAAGCCAAACACCAGCCAGGGUAUGAGGCUACCCGGUGGCUCUCGCCUCCGGGUUCCCACUCCUACAGGGCUCGCAAUAUCAUGCAUCGGUCAACCCAGAAGUCGAAAUACCAGCGGAACCAGUAUUGGUACGAUCGAGGUGCAAGUGCCUGGAAUUGGGUUCUUCGGGGGUGGAGCGGCCAGCGAUUUGGUUCUGGUCCCCUUUGAAGCGACAAAGAUGUGGAUAAAGAACCAUCCACAGGUCAUGAAGGUGGGAUGGGAGAUCCUGGAACGUGCUUGGCAAAUGAGUCGUAUCAUGACAACGACUGGUUGGAGACUCUGGGCUCUUGUCUUUGUUUAUUCAAAGACUGGCAAAUUGAAGCUCAAAGUCUCCAAAGGCGAGACAGCUGGAGGGUUUGUCAUUGACUGUGCAAGGAGUGCAUUGUACUUGGUCGUCUUUGCAGCAGUGGGCGUCUUCUUUCUCAGAGUAUUGGGAAUUGUUCUGGGAUUGUUUGGAAUUGUCGGGUGGGUUUUCAGAGCCAUAUUUUGGGUCUUGAAGAAAGUGCUCGGGUUAGGGGUUACGAGGUAG